AUGGAAACUAUCCGGUCAGACUUGCAGGCCCACCCUCAGGCCUGGCCCUUCAAGGAACCUCUCAACGCUCAGAAGGCGCCGGAUUACUACGAUGUAAUGCGAAAUCCGAUGAAUUUCUUUACCAUGGAGCACAAACUCGAGAAGGGGCAAUAUGCGGAUCUCGACGCGUUCAUUACAGACGCUCAGCUUGUGUUCGACAACGCUAAGGUGUACAACCCCGAGGAUACCAUCUAUUAUAAGGGCGCGGUUAAGAUGGAGCGGGUGCUGAUGGAUCACGUCAUUCGCGUGCGCGAAAUCAGCUGA